AUCCAUCUUAUACUUAGAAAAUUUCAAUUACGUUUCAUCUCAUUAAAUUGCCUCCUGAUUAUAUUGAUAGGAAUAAGAUUUUUGCUUCAGUUUGUUUCUCUUACCUUUACCAGAAACUUUCAUAGUACAUCAUGAAUUUCUGGGUAUCGAUUUGAUCAUUUAUGUUUUAUAUUUGAAUAAAAAUAAAUUAAUAAUUGUUCUGACUUCCUGCUUCAGUUUUCAAUGCUUGAUCUUGUUUUAACCUACCUGUUUAUGCACUGACACUGCCACCCUCUAAUCAAUACUGUUAAUAUUGUUUUCGAUUAAAUUUCAGAUUGUUGGAUAGAGAUAGAAAAUAAACAAACAAUAUUUCUGAUUUUGGUUUUAAUGUAUUCAGUUUCGACCUUUAGCCUUGAAUUAUUUAUAUCAUCUCCGGGAAGGAGGUCAAAGUUUGACCCGUUUCAAGUUUCAAGCAAUCAGUUUCUCCUUUUGAAUUAAGUGAUUUGAGUUGGCUGAAUAAUGGCUUCCACGGGAAUCUGGUCUUCUGAGUGGCAUAGUCUCUUUGCAAGUGUUACCUCCGUUUUGGCAUCGGCUUUUCUGGAAUGGUUGCUGAUCCUUUUCCUGUUUAUUGAUGCUGUAUUUUCUUAUGUUAUUACAAAGUUUGCUGGUUACUGCAAAUUGCAAACACCUUGCCUGUUCUGCUCAAGGCUUGAUCAUGUGUUAGGCAAGGAGAAACGAGGGUACUAUUGGGACUUGAUUUGUAGUGGACAUAAGUCAGAGAUUUCUUCUUUAGUUCUAUGUCGUGUGCAUGAUAAGCUUGUAAAUGUUCAAGGAAUGUGUGAAAGUUGCCUCUUUUCUUUUGCUACCAUCAAUAAAUCCAAUGCUGAAACUUACCGAUUAUUGGUGGGUAAAAUGGGGGAGGAAUCUGACUCCAGAUUGGAUCAGGAUCCGUUACUUGGUGAACAUACAAUUGCAAAACGAUGUUCUUGUUGUGAUGAGGAAUGGGUUUUGAAGGGUUACAAUCAGAGGUUGGUAUUUACCAAGUCAAUUGGUUUUGGUGCUGCUGAUUUUGAUAUAUCAGAUGUUGUUGGAAACGAUUUUCAUGAGGAAAGAAGAGCGAAACCAUUUGUAUCAGCCAGAGCUACAUACCCGAGGAAUAAUCAGGCAGAUCCUUUGUCUCAUGUGGGUUACACUGAACUAAAGAUUACUUCUGAUACUGAGUCUGAACCAGAAGUUCCUUUGUCUGAUGAUGAUGGUACAACAAGCAUACCAGUUCGGCGAAGAGAUGACACGGCGGAAGACAUAGAAGUUCCAUGUAAACAUAUAGAGCCUUGCAUCGUUGAUUUAAAUGAGAAUUUGGUUUCAGAAAAGCUCAGAACUCCAGCUUCUGUACUGCAUCCAUUGUUAUCAGAGUCGGGAAUGCAAUUGGAAAAUACAGAUAUUGCUACAAAAUCUGCAGCAUCAACAGUGGAAAGUGGGAAUGGUUUGACAAAACUUGAUUCUUGGCAGCAGGUUGAAAGAAAUGCUGUUUGUCCUCACCCAAGUAAUCCUUUUUCCUUGAAUGAUGCCACUGCAUUAUCAAAUAAAAUAGGAGGUCCUGCUGAAGUAUCAAAGGAAAACUAUGAUUUGGGAAUUGACGAGGUGGGGAUAACAUCCGAGCAAAGAUGCACCAUGGACUUUGAGGAAAUAAUUAAGUCAAGCGAUAAGCUGACAGGAUCUGAUGCAGGUUUAGAAUCAAACCCUGUUUCUAGCGACAUUGGGCAGCAAAAUCCCAAUUUACUGGAUCUUGGUGAUGCCUAUAAGCUAGCUGUCGGUAACAGAGGAAGACAGUUGUCUGGCAUGCUUGUAGAACAUUGGCUUGGGAAAGAUUCUACAAGAAUUAGUGAAGAUUUGAAGGUGUUGUUGUCACAAUUUUCAGCUACUCGAGGGACUGAUCUGUCUGUUAAUGAUAUCAGUCCUAGAUUGUCUUUAAACAGCGAAGAAUUGAAAACUUCUGAUGUUUCUAACUCUGCUGGACUGCAGAUACUUCAAAAAAUGAUUUCACUAGAGCGAAAUGAAUCUGGUUUGUCUCUGGAUGGAAGUAUUGUCAGUGAAAUUGAAGGUGAAAGCGUGGUUGACAGGCUAAAAAGACAAGUUGAUCAUGACAGGAAAUUAAUGAAUGCUUUGUAUAAAGAGCUGGAAGAAGAAAGAAAUGCUUCUGCAGUUGCUGCAAAUCAAGCAUUAGCCAUGAUCACAAGGCUGCAGGAAGAAAAGGCAACAUUACAUAUGGAAGCCUUGCAGUACUUAAGAAUGAUGGAUGAGCAAUCAGAGUAUGAAACAGACGCUUUGCAAAAAGCUAAUGACCUUCUUGCUGAGAAGGAGAAAGAGAUAGAAGAGUUGGAAGCAAAGCUUGAAUUUUACAGGAAGAAAUUCCCUGAUGAAUCAAUGAUGGAAACCAUGGUGGAGACAAAUUCUGAAAUGAAGGUGAAAGAUAUUGGAUUGGAUCAUUCGCAAUCUACUUGCAUUGAAAAGGAUGAAAGUUUCAUUGGAAAGUCAGUUACUGAAAAUACUAAUAUCUCUGACAACCAUGAAAUUCUGCCUACGUCUUUGGAAAAACAGAAUGUUCAAUCUGUAAAAAAAUCACCAUUGGAGUUCCAAGAUGAAAGACUAUAUAUUUCCCAGCGUUUGAAGAAGUUGGAGAAGCAAGUUUACUUUUUCCUGAAUAUUCAUCAAUCUCAGGACAACUGGCUAAAUUCUGAAAAUGAUGAAAAGGAAUCCCCAGAGAACUGUGAAAAGUUGGAUGAUAAUCUUCUAAUGCAAGAAUCCGUUUCUUCUCUUAAAUUAAAUUCAGAAGCCAUGGCUGAUGAUGAUUCCUCAUCCAAGGAACCCCCCGUUUGCACGAAAAAUGUUGAACUUGGGUACAAUGGAAAUAAUGAUUUGGCUUCUGCUGGAAGUUUGGUUCCGGAUUUUAUUGAAAGGUUGCAAGUUCUUGAGGAAGACUUGAGUUUCCUUGAGCACAGUAUCAACUUAUUGAGUAACGGGGGAGAAGGACUUAACCUAUUGCAGGAAAUAGCUAAUCACCUACAACAAUUACGCCAGAUUGGGAUAAGAGAAUCCGAUCAACCUGUUGCUUGAGGCUCAGAGGCUGUAUAUAAGAUUCAUACGCCAAUGAUCAGCGACGAGGAGGAAGAUACAUUAUGCAAUAGUGAACCAGGUUACCAUUACCAAGGCUGGUUGAAACUGUACAGUAACAUAGCUUGCUUUGAUCCAGGAUAAAACAAAAAUAGAAUUUCAAACAAUAUGGAAAGCAAUUUUUUCCCUACUUUCUCCCCUGCGUUUUUAUUCGGGGUUUCGUUGGACGUUCUGCUGCAUUGAGUUCACAAUGUUUAAUGCCCAUUUAAAUUAUAUUUUCACCAUAAAAUUUUCCUUUUGCCUUUUUUGCAUUGUAAAUGAGAGUGAGUGUUUGUUUUUAAUUGUUGUUUUCUUGUAUUGAAAUGAGUAUUUUGGAACAGAGUGACCUAACAUUAGUAUGCUAUACUGCUUCUGUGAGGAUUUUAUAUAUGGGAGCUAUUCGCUCCAGUUGUUUGUAAGAAUAUCACCCCAUUU